AUGGCUUUGAAAUGUCGACCUCCAUGGAAUGUUUAUAGAACCUCCUUUCCAACUAUUGCUUCUGCAGCGUACAAAAAAAGGACUGCGUUCCAUAAAUGCUACGCAAAAAUAGCUCUCAGCGAUGAUCCUUGGACUCGUGCAAGCGAAAGUGCAUCACAGGGGCGUGUCAAGCACUACACAUUCGUAGCUGGUCUCCGAGUGAUCUCAACAGCUGACGGAUGCGAUCCAAUCUCAUUGCAAAUGUACGAUUAG